AUACUCCUUUAAGGGUACGUUCACACAUACAGGAUCCUGCGCAGAUUUGAUGGAUCUGUAACUGCCGAUUAGAAGCGGCGCUCAGCCAUUUAGUUUGCAUUGAAAUCUGCAGCAGAAAAUCCUGCGCAUCAAAUCUGCGUACGUGUGAACGUUGUCUAAAUGUUAAUUUGUUGGGUCUGUCAGUGAAUAGAAUUCUAGGCAGUUGGUUGCAUUCUCCUUUCCUGCCAGCAGGGGGCGGUAGGUUAUUGUGCAGUGAGGAUGAGUAAGAAGGUGUAAGGGCUGAGUUAUUAGUUGGGCCGGGCUGGGGACGACCAAUGUGAGCCGGUCCCCGGAGCCAUCUGCUGAGGCGUCUGCAUCUGCCGCUCACAAGAUCCUAAUCCCGUCUCCAAGAAAGUCGCCAGCAUGACGUGCAACAACAACAACAUCCAAGGUGGGAAAGCCUUUGGGCUCCUGAAAGCCCAGCAAGAGAUGAGGUUGGACGAGAUCAACAAGGAAUUUCUUGAAGACGAAAAGUACAUGGACAUGGAGGACAUAGAGGAAAAACUGACAAUGUCUAAAAAAAAAUUCAUGGAAUUUGACUUAAACGACCAAGGAGAGAUCGACAUGAUGGGGCUCAAGAUGAUGAUGGAGAAGCUCGGGGUUCCCAAAACACAUCUAGAGAUGAAAAAGAUGAUCGCGGAAGUGACCGGAGGGAAAAGCGACACCAUCAGCUACCGAGACUUCAUGAAAAUGCUGCUGGGAAAGAGAUCUUUAAUCUAUAAAACGAUCAUGAUGUUUGAGGGUAAAGCCAACGAAGUCCCCCGGAGACCCUCGGGCCCCCCUCCCAGACGAGACAUCAGCAGCCUCCCCUAAACCACAAGCCUCCGAGCCAAGUCAGCGACCAAGAACUGUGACCAUCCGAGUGCCUUUAGAGUGAUUGACAGCCGUCACCUCUCCUCUCCUUCAGAGUGAUUGACAGGCGUCACUCUCCUCUCCUCCAGAGUGAUUGACAGGCGUCAUUCUCCUCUCCUUCAGAGUGAUUGACAGCCGUCACUCUCCUCUCCUUCAGAGUGAUUGACAGGCGUCACUCUCCUCUCCUUCAGAGUGAC